AUGAUGGCAGACAUGUCGAUGAGCACGGGGCUGAGCGGAGCUAAGACGUCGUAUUCGAACGUGAUCAGGUUUGACAAACGGAGGGCGUAUGAGCUCCAGCUGAAAGGCGACCUUGUUGCGAAGAUCACCGCAAUCGGAGACUCGGCUUGGGCCACCAUAGAUUUCUGGGAUGCACAAGGGAACAACGUGCAAACACCGGAGGUCGUCACCCUGUUUGGGCCGUUCGGGGGAGUGGUUCCCCUGAAGUAUGGGCAAUACCGGCUCGCUUGGCGGGAUAAGUACAAGCUGAGCGUCGAAGGCGGGAGUACUUAUCAUUUCACCCCCCCAAACGAAAGUUGGGUUUACAUCACCGAAGCUUGA